CCGCAAACUGGAGAACCUGUAAAUCAACAUCAUCAUCUGAAGUCACUCUUGAAACCCUCGCCAGUCUGGCCAAGGUCAUAAAUCUGGUCGGGAGAAUCAAGGCCGCCCAAACGCUACCACUAAACAUGCCUAGAUCCACAUCCGACUUCAGCGGCCAUGGCCCCCAAGCACCCGCCGCGCUUAGCAAGCGCUGGACCUCGCACCAUCAUGGGCACAGAACGCAGGUUAGAGGCCAAUGUGGCCUUGGAAGGAGGCGCCAUGAACGUCGCCCCCAACCGCACCCGCUGGGUAGCCAGGAAAUAUAAGAUGGCCCUUGUAGAACCCUCAAGGCGGCGAUCAUGCCCCUUUUCAAUAUCCACUCAUCACCCCCAAGUACUCCCCUUUUCUCUCGAGCUAAACAAUGCUGCUCCGCACCACGGCGCUCGCCCUGGCACUCGCCGGGACGGUAUCCGCGCACGCCACCAUGUUCGGCGUGUUUGUCAACGGCAAAGACCAAGGCGACGGGCGCAACAAGUACAUCCGCUCGCCGGCGACCAAUGACCCGCUGCGCGACCUCAAGGACCCCAACAUCGUGUGCAACACCAACGGCGGCAAGCCGGCGCCGGAGUUCGUCAAAGCCUCCGCGGGCGACAAGCUCUCGUUCCGGUGGUUCCACUUCAACCCGGACGACCCCAACGAUAUCCUCGACCCGUCGCACAAGGGCGCCAUCCUGACCUACAUCGCGCCCUACACCGAGGGCAACGGCGCGGGGCCCAUCUGGUCCAAGCUGGCGGAGCAAGGGUUCGAGAACGGCAAGUGGGCGACCAUUAAGAUGAUCGCCAACGGCGGCAAGGUCGACUUCUCGCUGCCCGCACAGCUCGCGCCGGGCAAGUACCUCGUGCGCCAGGAGCUGGUGGCGCUGCACCAGGCCGAUUUCCGCGGCGACACCAACCCGGGCCGCGGCGCCGAGCUGUACCCCAGCUGUGUGCAGGUCGAGGUGACGGGCGGGAACGGGGAGGCGUUGCCGGAUCAGGACUUUGACUUCAACAGGGGGUAUACGUACGACAAUCCGGGGUUGUUCUUCAACAUUUAUAUCCCCUUCGACAAGUACACGCCUCCUGGUCCGAAGGUCUGGGAUCCUGCGGGCACCGUCAAACCUGAUAAAUCCCCAUCAGGUAACCGGCCUUAGCGCCGCCAACUCGCUUCCCAAGAGAGUUCCCACCAAAGUUUUACCUGUUUCACCUGUUCCGUUUCGUCUUUUCUGAGUACCUUAUGUAGUAACCUUACCAUAUACCACAAAUUCUGUCUUGGU